GCUUUUUUUUAAUGUGCGGGGUAGAUAUGGUAUAAAUACCCACAUUAUUGUACUGGAAGGCGGCAUAUCUGCAGUUGUGCUCCGACCUUAAGGAUUUACAGCAGCGCCAGGGGCUCACUGGUGCUGAAGCGAUUGUUUUUUCCCCACCUUUGGUGCCGGUGUACCCUUGGAACAUGGACAUACGAGUAACAAGCAUCCUCUUGCUCAUGGUAACUUUGACAGCAGCCCAUGGGGAGAGGUAUGUGGUGAAGAAGGUGGUGAAGGCCGCCCCCCAGUACCAGCCCUACUCUGUGAAGAGCCACGUGGUGUCAGUGGCAGGUGAACCUGGCCCUCCAGGUGAGCCUGGCCCUGAGGGUCCUGAGGGUCCUCCUGGCCCCCCAGGUGAGAGCGCUGUAGGUCCUCCUGGGCCCCAAGGGCCUCCUGGACCCCCUGGAUCUCCCGGACGCUCCAUCGCUGGAAAACCUGGAACCCCAGGUGGACCUGGAAAACCUGGAAGCCAUGGUGCACCAGGUGAGAAGGGAGAACCUGGAUCUUCUGGCCCUCAGGGACCUAGAGGAGCCCCUGGAUCCCCUGGAAGCCCUGGCCCAGCUGGCCUCUCUGCUACUGGCAAACCUGGACCAUCAGGUCUUCCUGGCGCAAUGGGACCUAGAGGAGAGCCUGGUUUGAAGGGACAUCCAGGUGUACCUGGAGCGCCAGGUCCUAAGGGUGAUAGAGGUGUAGGUGUUCCUGGACCUCAGGGUGAGACAGGGCCGGAAGGAGCUAUGGGCCCACCUGGAGCUGAUGGCAAGCCAGGUGUUGGACAGCCAGGAAAAACAGGUGCAUCUGGUGAGCCAGGAAAGGCAGGUGGCCCAGGUAGGGAUGGUGCUCCUGGUCCCAUGGGACCACAAGGACCCAAGGGACACACUGGCGCCCCUGGGGUGGGUCUUCCAGGUAAAUCAGGUGAGAAUGGUGCCCCAGGUCUGCCUGGCCCAGUUGGUCCUAAAGGUCAUCAGGGACCUGCUGGAGCCACUGGUGCCCCUGGUGUCCCGGGAUAUGGCAAACCAGGUGCAAAUGGAGAAAAGGGUGAGACGGGAGCCCCAGGUAGUCCAGGUGCCACAGGUGCAAAGGGUGAGCAAGGUCCAACAGGAUACACUGGUGCUACUGGUGCAACUGGAGCCACUGGUCCAGCUGGACCUCAGGGUCCAAAAGGUUUCCCAGGUGAACCUGGGGCUGUUGGUCCUAAAGGCGAUACAGGUGCAACUGGGCCACAGGGAACUAAAGGAAACAAGGGAGAUCAGGGAGCACAGGGUUUCCAAGGAAAGCAGGGUUAUCAAGGACCAGCUGGCCCCACUGGACCUAGGGGAGCCACUGGGUCUACAGGUGAUAAAGGUGAUGGUGGUCCCCCAGGUAUCCCAGGUGCCCCAGGUGUUCCUGGCCCCGCAGGACCUAAAGGUCAUCCCGGCCGUGCAGGUGAACCAGGUGCUUCUGGUGCUGAUGGUGGUCCAGGUCCCAGAGGACCUGCUGGGCCUCAAGGUCCUGCUGGUGCCACUGGCCCAAAAGGUCACCCAGGUCAGCCUGGUGCUCCUGGCCCUGCUGGUUUGGCUGCUAAGGGUGUUCCUGGACCUCAGGGUCCUCCUGGUGUGCCUGGUGAGCCUGGUGAUGAUGGAGCUGAAGGCCCAGCUGGCCCCCCUGGCCCCCCUGGUCCUCCUGGUGAGGUUGUGUUUGAGAAGGGCAUGGGAAUGAGUGAGAUUAUGGUAAAAUCUCCCAUGUCUGCUUUCACAGCGUCUCUGACCACCCCCUACCCUCCUGCUGGCAGUCCAAUUAAGUUUGACCACAUAGUGUACAAUGCUGAGAAUCACUAUGACCCUGAGACUGGUCAGUUCACUUGCCAGGUGCCUGGAGUUUACUAUUUCUCAUACAGUAUCCAUGUGAAUGGAGCUCACGCCCUGGUGGCUCUAUACAAGAAUGGUCAGCCUGUUAUGUUCACUUAUGAUGAGUACAACAAGGGCUUCCUGGACCAGAUGUCAGGUAGCGCUGUCCUCUUGCUUGAUGAGCAUGAUACAGUCUAUGUACAGAUCCCAGACGAUGAGGCCAAUGGCGUCUUUGCUGCAGAGAAUGUCCACUGCUCUUUCUCUGGUUUCCUCAUUGCUUCAACGUGAUAGGUUCAACGUUCCCAAAAGCCAGCCAACAAAAUUUGCAACUUAUUUCUCAAACUAAAGUAAACUCCUUGUUCAUUUUUUCCUCACACAAACAGACAGGUAGUUGACUCUCUUUUUGAGGAAUAAAGGCAUCUCAACUUGAAAUAAAUGCAAGAAAUGGGUGCUUAUACGAAGGAAAACUAAUUUAUGAAAAUAGGAGAUCAGGGAUGGGGAAAGCAAUCCACAAAAUUGCCAGUGAGCUUUUGCAAUGGAGACAGCAUGUGAAAUCAAGGUGUUAUAACUGUGUUGUGUUGUGUCCUGACCUUUUCAUUUUCACUCUGUUCCUUUUAUACUGACUUCAACUGGUGACUUACUUCUAAUGUUGUCUGUUUUUUGUUUAUUUUUGUACAACCUUGUUUUUGUGACCAAUUAUCUUAUUAAAAAUAGAAAAAUACUUUUCUGUGCAACAUGUUGUAACUGUUGUCUUUGAAUAUGACUUGAAUCUUGUGAAAUAGUAAUGGUCAAAUUGACCAUUAUAAUGAUACAAGUCAACAAAAUACUGUCAGACAAAAACUGUUUGCCAUCAACAUUGUUAUAACCCUGAACAUGCAAUAUGCUGUGGAAUACAUGAUGACCAAAAUAAAAUCUGUUGUAAAAGUGA